AUGCCUGGCUUAUUCUCGCGGUCGGCUACGCUGGCCCUCUUCUUGUCUGCUGUUCCCGUCUCAGCGCUGCGGACUACCUCCGGCUCACCAUGCGCCGAUGUCUGCGGCUCGUCCAACACCACGGCGUCGGAAAUCGCCUGUCUGGACUCCCAGUAUAAUCAGACGAAAGGCGGGGCGUUUGAGAAAUGCGUCUCCUGUCAGUUGGAGAGUACCUAUACCGAUCGAACGAGUGGUGAGACGGACGUGAACUGGGGUCUUUAUAAUCUACGAUACGCCGUCUCAUCCUGUAUCUUCGGGUACCCAGCACAAACAUCGAAUCUCUCAUCACCUUGCCCUGUCUCCUGCGACGGGGUCCGCGCAGCCGUAGAAACAGACCUGAAAAAUCCAAGCGCCGACAACUUCAACUCGUGGUGCGGCGUCUCGACCUUCGCGGACAACGUCGUUAACUCGUGCGAGUUUUGCUAUAAUUUGACAGCCUCCCAGAAUCAGGCUCAGGUGUACCUGGCAAACUUCCUUGAAUCAAUCCGCUACAACUGCCACUUCGAAGCCGUAACAGGCAGCGCCUUCGACAUCGCCCCGUCAAGAAUCUUCACCUCCGUCCUCCUCCCCUCCAGCAUGUCAUUAACAACGUCGACCUCCAGCUCCUCCGGCGUAAACCUAGGCCUCGUCAUCGCUCUGCCAGUUCUCGGCUUUGUGAUCAUCCUCAUCGGACUGGGAACGUGCUGCUUCUUCUUCAUCCGGUACCGACGCAAGCGCACCCGUCGCGGCCGACACCAGAAUCAUAUGUGGAAUGUGCAGCAGCGGUCCUGGGCUGCGGAGGAGAUGAAUGCGAUGGGCCUGGGACGGGGUGAUGGGUUUGGCUUUGUGGAUUAUGGGCGUGGUCAUCAGGCUGGGUAUGGGUAUUCGGACCAGUACCCGCUUAGUGAUUAUACGGCCAGUAUGAAGGGGCCUGGGCAGGAAAUUCGGGAGGAUGAGCCGAUGCAGAGUCCGCCUAUUCCUGGGGCUUAUUCUAUGCAUGGUGGGAUGCAGGGGUUUGAGCCGGAUCAGAAGAGGCCGUUGUGA